CAGUAUAGAAUUUACGAAAAUUUCCAGAAAGAAACAUGAAACUGAUUUUGAUGACAAUUGUGGCUGUGAUCCUCCAACAGCAAGUUACUGGAGAAGACAUAACAGGGGAAGUAACUUGUGAUGAUAAAAUGACAUUCUAUGUUGAUGGAAAGGAAGUGGUAUAUUUUGACAAUUGGCGGUAUACAGCAUCAGUAUCAUUCCCUGCAUCAUCUACAGUGAUAGCUGUAAAAUGUUUUGAUCAUGGUGGUAAGGGUGGAAUUAAAGGUCUGUUUAGUAAUGGAGUAAGAACUGAUCCCUCAUGGAGGUGUUCCACUUCAGCACCAGAUGGAUGGAACAACUGGAAUUUUGACGACAGUUCGUGGCAAGAUGCUACAAUACAGCCUCACAGCUGGGGAUUUCGUCCUCUAAAUUUGUAUGGUAAAGCAGAUUGGAUCUGGACUGAUGGAGAUACAAAUGAUAGAUUAAUUUAUUGUAGAUACAGAUUAAAUCCAGAUAGCUGUGAGGAAGGAGAUGAGAGACUAUUGACUGAUCCCAAAAAUUGUAAACGAUUCCGUCAGUGUGUUCAUGGUAGUUAUGUUUCCAUGCCAUGUGCACCGGGAACUGGUUUCCGUGAAUCUAUCCAAAGAUGUGAUCAUCUUAAAGAUUUACCUAAUUGUCGUUAAUCUGAAAUGAGUGAUGAUGUUGUAGAAUAAAGAAACAUUUUAGAGAUUUGA